CGUUUGACUGCGUUAUCAGUAGUGGUCCGCCGUCGUCCGCGUGAGCAGGUGAGGGCCUCCGUCGCUGACAGCCGCUCCCGACGACCCCUGGAAGGUCUUCACCCCUGAAAAUGGGAACAUAAAAGGGAAAAGAGGAUGCGACCGUCACAGGGCCUCGAUAUUCCUCCUUAAUAAAAGCCCAGUCACACAUCUUUGGCCCCUGUUCGACUACUAACUUUUGGGCAAUGACCAAUGAGCACGCUUGGGAUAAGUACAAACUAACACUACGGAAGGCGAUCAGAUCGCUUUCGCAAGUCAUCGAUCUUAUAUUAUUACUCAAUCGAUCGAUGGGAUGAUGGUUAUCGCGAGGGCAAUCGAGGGUGUCGCCUAAUCGUACACAAUUAACGGAUUAAUGUAACACUCAUUGCAUUCGCAAGCGAAGACAAUCGUAGCUGAUUAGCUCUAAUUACCGAAUUAAUAUAUAAAUUAUAUAUAAAAUAUAUAUAUAUGUAAAAGAAAAAACAUACAAAUAUAUUAUAAACGAACUAUAAUAGACCGGAAAGUCAUAAUCUCUAUUAUUUGUUGAGCAUCGACUAUUGUAUGUUGUUUAAUUCUUGAUCGCCGGAUCGAUCACACAAGUAUAUCGAUAUACACGAGUACCUUGCACACAUACGGUAACUAAUCAGCUGUUAGGGGAAAAAAUCAGAGAGAUAACGCAGAAAUCUAAAAGAUUUAUGCUCGAGAUAUAUUAUAUAUAAACGCUCUCUCUUCGCACUGAAAGAUUCAAUGUUGUGAAGAAUUUAAGAAUCUAACGUUGUGUGAUAAGAAUUCCAAGAAUACGUACAUAGAUCUAAGUACUCUCUCGAGCUAUAAAACACCCCACGUCCAAAUGUCCGAGACGAUAAAAGGAUCGGAGAAGCUUAAUUAAAAUUCAAACGUCCGUACGAAGAGAUAUACGAAUUUAUGUGGAUAUUUAAGAAUAUUAAGAAUAUAAAAGUAUAUUUAAAAGAAAAGACACACAGAGCACACAUAAUACAUGCAUACAGAAAAUACACACAUCUUUAAGAGAAAUCAAAGUCCCGAAAGAUCAUAAAAAAACGAUCGGCAGAGAUUUAGCGACACAAGUUAGUUAGUAGCACGAAUAAAGAAGAUAUAAGGAUAUAUAUCAAAUUCUACGGGAAAUGGAAUAAAUAAUGGUCUAAAUGGUCUAAAAUAAUAUAUAUAUAUCGAAUCGCGAAACUUUCACACACAAAUCAUGAAUCUCGAGGUGGAGUUGAUCGCGGGGGUUAUCAAAGGUGGAUCUCCUCCUGCGCAUCUUCCAGCACCCAGACUCGUCAAGAUAUUCAUCGCCAGUGAAAGAGAUGACUUUACGGAAGAGCGCAAACAGUUGCUGGAGGUGGUCGGCCCGGAACUGCAAUCAAUUUACGAUGAUAUGGGUAUCGAGGUGCUUCUGGUGGACAUGCAAUUCGGGACCGACGACAACCCGGAUGCCGAUCCUCACCUGGCGGAAUACUUCCUGGAGGAGAUAAACGCGUCCCACCGACAUUCCCGGGGAUGCUUCCUCCUGCUGUUGACGGGAACAAAUUACACCGCGGGUUGGACACCGGCGGAAUUGAAAGAGACUACCUUCCAUACGCUUCUCGCGCACUCCGCCCUUCUAAAAGAUCAUUACGAGCAGAACGGGCACUCUUAUGUUUUGAAUGCUAAUAGCGUGCGAACCGCACAACGAGAAUGGCAAAAGGAUCAAGAGCCGAGCUUAAGACAAGCCCUAAGGACCGCCGCGGAAUCCGCGAUCCUGGAACAACCGGACAAUCAAGAGUUGAGGUACAUCUUGAAGAGCACGAUGGAACGGCAGCUGGAAUAUGGCCUAAGUCUGGACCAGCAGGGUCUGGGAAUAAUGGCUGUCAUUCGCGGAUGGACGGAUAAUGAUGCACCGAAAUGUUCGCCAGCUGCCGAGAAGCUCAAAGAUCGCGUUCAGACCAUCCUGCCUCCUGACAACGUCCUGAAUUUACACGUAGAGUACCGUAAUGGCGGUAUCGAUGCCGAUUACGACAACCACGACGAAUACCUUGGAAAGCUUCGGGAACUGAUCUUGGACAGGCUGCAGCAGUUGGUGAACGCGUCCGUCGAGGCUGAUCCAGAAAUCAAAAGUCGCAAAAAGAUGGUCCAGGAGGUCUACGCCGAGAGUAUGGCUCAUUUCGCUCUUCUUCGAGAGUUACCCUUGGCCGACGAGAGCGACGAAGCUGUGGAGAGAGUGAAGAAGCUUAUCCUUGCAGGCAAGGAGCAGAAGCACGGGCCUAUCCUGAUCUACGGACCGAAAUCUUCCGGCAAGUCCUCGAUUCUGGCGCGUGUCUACCAGGACUCGCCUAACUGGCUCUCGGCACCGACGCUUCGCAUCGUCCGACUGUGCACCGCAACACCCAGGUCAGCCUACAGCUUGGAACUCCUCCGCAUCCUUUGCCAACACGUUGGUUUUCUAUCCGGCGACAACGAUGGUAAUCUACCGCGUGACGCCUCCUUCGAUCCACUCUACCUCAACAAUUGGUUCGGGCUCAUCAUGCGCCGUAUAGAGGAGCAUCCGCUCCCGGACCAACUGAUCAUCCUCCUCGAUGACCUUCAUCGCUUCCAUCCGCUCGAGUGCGACAUCGUCGCCGCUCUGUCCUGGUUACCACUCGCUCUUCCCGCGGGCGUCCACUUCGUCGCCACUUCCGCCCUUCCGCCCGAGGGGAUGCGUCUCACACCGCUUCAGAAGGAUCGUCUACGCAGCGCUGAUCUUCUCGUCGAUCUAUCUGGACGCGUAUGCGCGACGCCACGCGUCGACGCGGCUCUGGACCAUCUGGAGGAGCUCGUCGGACUCGACGCGGCUAAUCGGAUCGCCUCGAUCCUCGCUUGCACCGAGUACGGUUUGUCGGAGACGGAGAUACUCGAAUUGAUCAUGCCUACUGGAGGAGAGGGACCCUUGCUCCUGCAGGAGGGCCAAUUCAACUUUGCGACUUGGUGCCUGGUCAGAAGAACAUUCGCUCCGUGGCUCAAAGUACGAGUGAUGAACGGCCGAUUGAUGUUCUCCUGGCGCGGUCAAUUUCGCGAAGUCGCCCUCAGAAGAUAUCUUUCGAAUCAAGAUGUCUCUCGCGGUUACCACGCGGAGCUGGCCAGUCUCUUCUUCUCCGAAGAAGCCGAAAAUAACUCCGAUAAAUCGCCGAAGAAUCCAGCAGUCUCCUCGCCGGUCGCCAAGGAAACCCCAUUUCAAAGCGCACCGCAAAUCCAGGAUGUCACGUAUACGCUUCGACACGUUGAAGAAGCGUGGCUGCAUCUUCUACGCGCUUCCGAUGUCGACAAGCUGAAGAAGCUCGCCGUAUGCGCGUUCGAUUUUCUUCUCGCGGCUGUCCAAAUGGUUUCCGUAAGCUAUCUUCGAUGCGUCCUCGAACACGCCAGGCGGUAUCUCCUCGAACGUGAUUUAGAACUUGUGUAUUACGCCAUAAGGAAGUCCAGCGAUAUUCUUACCAGGGAUCCGCUUCAGCUGGCCGCUCAGCUCAUCUGCUGGUUGAGACCGGUCGCCGAAGACGGCGGUGAUCUCGUUAGUAGAAUGGUUAUGGCGGCCAUGGCUUGGUGUGAUGGUUAUACCGCUCCCUUGCUCGUGCCCUUGAACGGAUGGCUGCAACCACCUCUGCCACUGCAGAUUCGAGCGAUUACGUGUCCUCAAGGGGCCAAGUUGAUCGAAGCGGCACCAUCCGGCCAACACGUCGUCGUUGUGCCACCGCAAGGAGAUGCUCAAUUAUGGCACGUUAUGUCGAAUCAACUCGUUCAUACAUUCAAAGGACAUUCCAGCCCAAUCUCAUGUUUAGCCGUUACCCAUCAAUCGCAAUAUCUGCUAACUGGCUCCGAGGACACUUCCAUUAUCGUCUGGGAUAUGAAGGAUCUUAUCAUGAAACGCCGAAUUUGCGAGCACAUCGCGCCAGUUCUCACUUUAACCACAGCUCUCAACAACUCAGUUAUUGUGAGUGGUGGUGAAGAUUCCAGAAUUAUCGCCACCAGUCUCCUCACUGGCGAGGUCCUAAUGAAAGUUGAUCAUCAUCGUGGUCCUGUCACCACUAUUCGGGUUGAUUCGGCGGGGGAAGUCUUGGUCUCAGGAUCAGUCGACGGAACUGUGUGCCUUUGGUCUUUGGAAAGCUUCAGUCUUCUCAAUAGCAUUAUUCUUCCUUCCCCGGUGGCCAUGUUAGACGUAUCCGCAGAUUCAGUUUUCCUUCUAGCCGCUUGCGAAGAUCAGAAACUCUAUCUGAGAUCUUUGGCAACGGGCACAGAGAUUCAUACGCUCAGAGGACAUCAAGGACCAGUUAAAAGUCUCUGCUUGGCGAAGGAUUGUAGAAGAGCUAUCGCUGGCGGCACCGAGGGCAGAGUGUCCGUGUUCGACAUGCAUAGUGGAAAGUUGAUCAGAACCUUACCUGCUAAUCCAUCAGCAAGCGUUACCUCGGUUAAGGUAACUGAGAAGGAUGAUUUUCUGAUAACUGGCGGAGGAGGACGCGUAACUUAUUGGAGCUUCCGCGGUGAAGAACCACCGCCGAAACCGCAGAAACCCGGAAAGCAAGAUUCUCUACAACCUCAUACCGCGCCGAUAUCCUGCUUGGAUAUCUCCAGGGAUGGCGCAAUGGCGGUGACCGGCGGUGUCGAUUCUCUGGUUAAUUUAUGGCAGCUAAACACUCAUGAAUUGUUGUCCACACUGGAAGGGCAUAUUGCCAGCGUCACUUGCAUCGCAUUUUCCGCAUCAGGACUCUUUGUUGCAUCUGGAUCCGAGGACAAGACAGUGCGCGUGUGGGGUUUGACAUUGGGGCUUGUCGUAGCUACGUUCAGGCACCAGGCGCCCGUGACUGCUGUUACCGCUAUGCUAGAUGGAAGGAGAGUGGUCAGUUCGGAUCGAGCUGGCGCUAUCAGGGUCUGGGCUGCAGAUAGUGGUACACUGAUCCAAUCUGUUUGCGGUCCUGGACGAUGUUUUGCUGUCGCGUCUGAUAUGAGAUAUGCGGUGUGUGGAUCCGGGGAUAAUCAGGUGCGCAUAAUCAGUCUGGGUGCCGGUCCUGAAGAGAAAUAUCAGGUGACGCAUUCGCAAGAUAUCACAUGUUUGGUGGCAACGCCUGAUUCUCAGUACCUGAUCACCGGCUCCCGCGACAUGAGCCUAAAGGUGUGGCAAUUGAGCGGCGGGAAACUUUCUCAAGUAUUGGUCGGCCAUACCGACCACGUGACCUGCGUGGCAGUCGCCGUGCUCGACAAGUCCGUAGUGGUGUCCGGUUCUAGAGAUGCCAAUCUGAUCGUCUGGGACAUCAAUACCGGAGCCGACUUACAUACUCUAAAGGGCCAUCUGGGUUACGUGAUCUGCGUGCGCCUCUCCGGCGACGGCACUCUAGCUGCUUCCGGCAGCGAAGACAAGAGCCUCUUCGUCUGGGAUACCAAGAAGGGCACUCCGCUCAGUUCCAUCAUGCUGCAUGUACCGGUCUUAGGGGUCGAGAUGUCCACCGAUUGUUCCAGGAUGGCGGUGCAUUUAUUGGAGCACAAGUGCAUGCCUAUUCUAUGUCUGCACAACACUCCCGCACAAUAUGUCAAACUGCCGCCAUAUGUAGCGCCGCGAGAUCUGAGACCCCCUGGACCAAAGCGACCUGCUAGGAGAUUGUUAAAGAAAGAGGUGUCCUUAGAUACUUACACCUGGCAACGAAAAUAUGGCCAUCUCACGUCAGAUAUAGUCAACAUUGAGAGACGUCGCUUUAGCGUGAGCGCAUCCAUGGAAGAGAUCAGCAAGGCAGGCUUAGCCGGUUCCCAAUCCGGUCUAGGUCCCGAACAGGCCGCUUUAGCGCAAUCUCAACAUUUUGAUCAAUUGGAAGCACUUUGGAACAAACAAUCGCCGCCGCCGAGACCACGUGGCCUAGCUCGGACAUUAACGAAGCAAAGUUCGCUCCAGGCUACCCGAAUAUCCGAUUCCGAAGAGGAAGAUAUAUCCGAUUAAAUGGCAGAACUACUUUCUCUAUCGACAACUUUCGCGAUUGAUUGUCGAAUAUAUUUAAGCUACAAAAGAAAUGUCCUUCCGUGUCAUUCGAUGCAAUAAAUAAAUAUAUCCCCAGAGAUAAUAGACUAGCAAAAAAAAUA